AUGACGUCUAUUAUCAAGCUGACUGCUGUGUCGGGAGUCCAGGAGGAGUCCGCCCUGUGCUACCUGUUGCAGGUGGAUGAGUUCCGCUUUCUCCUGGACUGCGGCUGGGACGAGAACUUCUCCAUGGACAUCAUCGAUGCCAUGAAACGGUAUGUCCAUCAGGUUGAUGCUGUGCUUCUCUCACAUCCUGACCCCAUACAUUUGGGAGCCUUGCCCUAUGCUGUCGGCAAACUGGGUUUAAACUGCACCAUCUAUGCCACAAUUCCAGUCUACAAGAUGGGUCAGAUGUUUAUGUAUGAUCUAUAUCAGUCUCGUAAUAACAGUGAAGAUUUUACGCUGUUCACCCUUGACGAUGUGGACUCUGCUUUUGAUAAGAUCCAACAGCUGAAAUACUCACAGAUAGUCAAUUUGAAAGGAAAGGGACAUGGUCUCUCCAUCACCCCCCUUCCAGCUGGACACAUGAUUGGAGGCACUGUCUGGAAAAUUGUCAAGGAUGGGGAGGAGGAGAUUGUCUAUGCUGUGGACUUCAACCACAAGCGAGAAAUCCACCUGAACGGCUGCACUUUGGAGAGCAUCAGCCGUCCCUCUUUACUGAUCACAGACUCCUUUAAUGCAACAUACGUCCAGCCACGACGCAAACAGAGAGAUGAGCAGCUCCUCACAAAUGUCAUGGAGACGCUGCGUGGUGAUGGUAAUGUCCUCAUCGCCGUGGAUACGGCUGGACGCGUGUUGGAGCUGGCUCAGCUCCUGGACCAGAUUUGGAGGACAAAGGAUGCUGGGCUGGGGGCUUACCCGCUCGCUCUGCUUAAUAACGUCAGCUACAACGUGGUGGAGUUCUCCAAGUCCCAGGUGGAGUGGAUGAGUGACAAGCUCAUGAGGUGUUUUGAAGACAAAAGAAACAACCCCUUCCAGUUCCGACAUUUGAACCUGUGCCACAGUCUGGCGGACUUGGCGCGGAUACCGAGCCCCAAAGUGGUGCUGUGCAGCCAGCCGGACCUGGAGUCAGGAUUUUCCAGAGAGCUUUUCAUCCAGUGGUGCCAAAACACCAAAAACUCCAUCAUCCUGACCUACCGCACCACACCCGGCACCUUGGCCCGCUACCUCAUCGACCACCCCACAGAAAAGACGCUGGACCUGGAGGUGAGGAAAAGAGUGAAACUCGAAGGCAAGGAGCUGGAUGAAUACCUCGAGAAGGAGAAAAUAAAGAAAGAAGCAGCUAAAAAACUUGAACAAGCAAAAGAGGUGGACGUGGAUUCCAGUGAUGAGAGUGACAUGGAUGACGAUCUAGACCAGCCUGCUAUCGUGAAAACCAAACACCACGACUUGAUGAUGAAGGGCGAGGGCAACCGCAAAGGCAGCUUCUUCAAACAGGCCAAAAAAUCGUACCCAAUGUUCCCCACACACGAGGAGAGGAUCAAGUGGGACGAGUACGGGGAAAUCAUCAGGCUCGAGGAGUUUCUGGUUCCUGAGCUUCAAGGCACAGAGGAGGAGAAGAUCAAGCUGGAAUCUGGACUAACUAAUGGAGAUGAACCGAUGGACCAGGAUCUGUCUGUUGUCCCCACCAAGUGCAUAUCAAGUAUAGAAAAUCUCGAAAUCAGAGCGAGGAUAACCUACAUAGACUACGAAGGUCGAUCGGACGGCGACUCCAUCAAGAAGAUCAUUAAUCAGAUGAAGCCCAGACAGCUGGUCAUCGUUCACGGGCCGCCGGAAGCCAGCCUGGACCUGGCCGAGUCCUGCAAGGCUUUCAGCAAAGACAUCAAAGUGUACACGCCGAAACUGCAGGAAACUGUGGACGCCACCAGUGAGACGCACAUCUACCAGGUGCGGCUGAAAGACUCUUUGGUGAGCUCUCUGCAGUUCUGCAAGGCCAAAGACACGGAGCUGGCGUGGAUCGACGGCGUGCUGGACAUGCGCGUGGUGAAGGUGGACACCGGCGUCAUGCUGGAGGAAGGCAUGAAAGACGAGGCGGACGAGAGCGAGAUCCCGAUGGACGUCGCCCCCGAUAUGAGCAUGGAGCACAACGCCACGGCGGUGGCAGCGCAGCGCGCCAUGAAGAACCUGUUCGGGGAGGACGAGAAGGAGCUGUCCGAGGAGAGCGACAUCAUUCCCACGCUGGAGCCGCUGCCGCCAAAUGAGAUUUCAGGGCAUCAGUCGGUGUUCAUCAACGAGCCCCGUCUGUCCGACUUCAAGCAGGUCCUGCUGAAAGAGGGCAUCCAGGCCGAGUUCGUGGGCGGAGUGCUGGUGUGCAACAACAUGGUGGCCGUCCGCAGGACGGAGGCCGGACGCAUCGGCUUGGAAGGCUGCCUGUGUGACGACUACUAUAAGAUCCGAGAGCUGCUGUAUCAGCAGUACGCUGUAGUAUAGCAGCAGCAGCAGCAGCAGCAGCAGCAGCAGGAGGAGGAGGAGGAAGAAGACACGCUGCAGAGCAGAGCAUACCCCGGCAAUACAGAGACAAUCCUGUACAAGGACUUUACCCAAAAGAGGAGGGCACCUCUGCCCCCUCAGCUGCUCCAGCAGCGUCACUGUGGACUUUGUUGUACAUUCUUCCUUUUU